AGUCUACACAUCGUCAAAAUAUCUCGCUCUGACUCUUGCUCAUUGAAAUAUCGUUCGAAACUCAAAUGCAAAGUGUAAAUGCACCAAAAUAUCGAAUAUCGCGCUUUUAAAUGAAUGUGUAACAUUUGACCAAAAAUACGUGGAUUUAUAUUUUCUCUUCUAAAUAUCAACGGUGCAAAACAGCGGAAAAAUUUAUUUGUGAUUUGUGGAAGAAAAAAAAAGAACAGCAGCGACGACGACUUCGAUUGAAAGUAAAUAAAGAGAAAAAAAAAUGCUGCAAACAAUGCCAACCAAUGUGCCAAAAAUGAGCUCAAAUUUCAGCAUAGAAUUGUUGCUGAAGAGCGAUUCCGAAAAAGACGUGAAAAGUGUAACAAAACCAUUAUCGCCAACAUCGAUUGAAUUACCAACAAUGAAAACAACGCCAACAACAAUCAUUUCAGAGGAUUAUAGCCGAGAAGAUAGCCCUGUAAACCAUAUUGAUAGCAGUGAUAUACCCGUUCGUUUUAUAAAUUGUGCGCCACAACAUAGGCUAUCCAAUCAUGGUUUGCAGCAUCCAUAUCAACAGCAACAACAACAACAACAGUUGCCAUUUUCACCGCCCGAUAAUUUAUUAUCGUUAAACGCAAUGCAACAACAUCAACAAAUUCUCAACACUCAAUUACAAAUGGCAGCUGCUCUAAAUUAUCAAUAUAACGCAUCAAUUCAGCCGCAAGCGAUGAACUUUUCGCAAAUUUUAGGCAAUAAUUUCCACCGUACAUCGUAUCAUAUGCAAAGAUUUCCAUAUGGAUAUGGCAGUGGUGAUUUCUUAUUACAUCCUUACCGAAAACCAAAACGAAUUCGCACAGCGUUCGCACCACUACAGUUACUCGAAUUAGAGAAUGCAUUCGAAGGCAAUCAAUAUGUUGUAGGAUCAGAACGAAAGGCAUUGGCCAAAACCCUAAAUCUCACAGAAACUCAGGUCAAAGUAUGGUUCCAAAAUCGACGAACAAAGCAUAAAAGAAUGCAACAAGAAGGCAACAAUAGCACGGGCAGUAAAAAUUUAAACCGCAGCCUAAGUGAUGAAGACGACAGCAGUCAUUGUAUGGAUGAUGAAGAAAUUAAUGUGGACGAUUCUCAAUUCAACUGAUCUGAUUUACCUGCCAAUUUAAUUUAAGCCAAACUAAUUUAUAUACAAACAAAACAAAAACCUAUAUUGAAUAAUGAUAAUGAAAGAGAAGAAAAUAAGACUGUAUGUACCAUGAAUAUUCUGUGGCAAAUUACGAUGCAUUCUAUGUAUAUAUUUUUUAUCGUAUAAGUUUUCGAUGUGUAA